AUGUCGCGAUCUUUACGUUUAGACGCAUAUCUUAUUUCUAAAAAAAUCGAUGUUACACGAGAUUUUAAAAUAAAUAACAACAUCAUCGAAGAAGGAUUCUCGUCCCGACGUUGGACCUUCUUCUUUUAUCGAACAUCGAUAACUUUAACAUCACAUUUCACGACUUCAUCUCAAAAUAAAAAUCAAAACACUAUCUUUAGUUCAUCAUUUAAUACGUCUAGAACAACCGAUAAUUAUCUUUGUCAAAAAACUGCUAUAUAUGAAGCCAAGGUUUUAUUUCAUUUACAAGAUGAUGUUUUAUUGGAUACUUUCUGGGAUGAAUGGGUUCCUCAGUGCCGCGUUUUAAAAUAUAAUGAAGAAAAUCUAAACAAGCAACAGCAGAUUAUGAAUUCCCUGGAAAAGAAGAAUAAACCUGCAGAUUCUGCAGUUAGAAAAAAAGCUGGAGUCGUUGAAAAAGGAAAAAAAAGGAAGAGAGAGCUUUCUGUGAAGAAAACGGAUGAUAACGUUAAAAAGUUAAAAAUCAUAAUUGAUUUGCCUGAAACACUCAGAGCUUAUAUGGUCCAUGACUGUAACAAUAUAAAGUCACAAAUGUUUGUACCACUGCCACGAAAACCUACUGUUUCUGAUAUUAUAAGUGACUACCGGGCAUGGAGAUGUUUGGGUACUCGACUUUUGUAUCAAUUGGAGAGACAUCAAUAUAAAGAAAUGCGUGAUAAGUUUAAACAUUUGGAUAAUUCUCAAAUUUAUGGAGCUGAACAUUUAUUAAGAUUGUUUGGCAAUGGCCUUUCCAAAAUUGGUAUCAAGUAUAAAAGAUGUAACUCUUAG